CGCCUUCCACAACCACCACCACCACCACCACCACCGCUACCACUACAGGAUCCUCUGAUCAGCCCCGUCGGAAUAAAUCGACAAGCAGUACUCCACCAUUUCAGCUGCCUGAUCGGUCAAAAAAGCUUUCCGUCUCCUCUUCUCAGUCGCGUCGAAAAUCUUCCACCUCCUCGUCGACGAAACUGGGGUUUACCACAAACGUGCCCGAUUUCGCCAAUGCCAAAAUUACCAGUGAUGGCGUUCUCGUUCUACAAGACGGAACUCAGUAUUCGCCUAAUGACACUGUGUUCCUUGUUGCCGAACCGCCGGGUGAGCCCUACUACAUUGGCCGAAUCAUGGAGUUCAUAGAACGCCCCGAAUCGCACGCAGCCUCUACCUCUGGUGAUGACGAAUUUGCAGUGCUGGACAGAUACAAAGUGCGCGUGAAUUGGUUCUAUCGUCCGCGCGAGAUCCCAACGCGAUCGAACGACUCCCGGCUGCUAUAUGCGACCAUGCACUCCGACGUCUGUCCGUUGCUAAGCAUACGUGGUAGAAACACAGUCACACACAGAGCUCAUAUCAAAGAUAUUCUGGAAUACCGCAAAGUGCCGAAUCAAUUCUGGUUCGAUAAGCUGUACGACCGAUAUAUCUGCCGAUUCUACGAAAUGGUACCCACCGAGCAGAUCCUGAACGUUCCCGCGGAUUUCGCCAAGGUUCUGUGCGAAAAGGUCAGGUUUGGCGUGGUCGAGAUCGGCCGUAGUAAAGAUCUCUGCGCGGUCGCGCGGAGCUGCGUCAGAUGCGAACUAUGGUGUCCGCCAGACGAAUCCGUCUCGUGCGCUGUCUGCGGGAAUUAUUACCACAUGGGCUGCGUACGUCCGCGGUUGCUACGAAAGCCCACGCGUGGAUUUGCGUGGGCGUGCGCGGCCUGCAGCCGAGACCGCGAACGGAAGAUGCGCGAGAGCAAAGGCCGCUUGCUGCCUGAACCAGGCGAGGAGUCGUUCGACGAUCCCUCGGCGAUGACGGUCGACGGUCCCUCAGCCAAUGGAGAGAGUGGUGUACCGGACGUGCCGCCGGAAGACGAUUUCGUGCCGCCAGAUCUUCCGGUCUUCAAGGUCUCGGACGACAAACUUACGAACGAGCAAAAACACGAAAUCCAGCUAUGGCCGUACAGGUACCUGGGCAUGCACUGCAAUCUGCAGGAAGUGCUGGAAAACAACGACAGAAUAUUCCCGAGAGCAGCCUCGAGAAUCGGGAAUAAGCAUCAGGCGCUUGUGCCGGAGUGGGGAGGUCGGCCUGUACAGUUUAUCGAGCGCAACCCUCCAAAACCCAAGAAGAAAGCAAACAGAUCUGUUGGUAAGAAAGCUGCCGCUGCCGCUGCUGCUGCCGCCGCUGCUGCUGCUGCUGAGAGCGAGGAAGGAGCUACAGAAGCAGCCGUUGACGCUGUCUCCUCAUCCUCGCAACCGGCCGAGUCAUCCGUCGAACCGCAGCCAGCGCUAUCGCUUGACGACCCCUGGGUGCAAGUGCGUCCAGUAGGCCACAUUGAGCGCGGGGGUGAUACGACGGCGACGCUGCGCUGGAAAAUGCCGACAGAAGACGAGGUCUCGGAUGUGGACGCCAAGAUUGCAGAGUUUUUAAAGUCGGCAGCGUCGUACGCGACCAAGCUGAGCAUGUCGCCCGCGUCGGCGAAUUUCAUGGAUAACUCGCUUGCGGCGCUGAUGAGCUGCAAGUUCGACGCGAACGAGGCGCUGAAGAAGGUUUCAAAGUUUACACGCAAGUCGCUGAAGGAGCCGACGCUUACGAAGGACGAGAUUGCAAAGUUCGAGGAAGGCGUGGGUAAAUACGGGUCCGAGCUACACCCGGUGUGUAAGCACGUCGGCACGGUUUCGCCAGCCGAUAUCGUGCGGUUCUACUACCUGUGGAAGAAGACGGCGAACGGGCACCGCAUCUGGGAUAACUUUGUUGGCCGCAAGGUGAAGAAAGGCGCCGACAAGCAAAAAGCGGACGAUAAGGCCGCGCUGGUGGACGGCGUUGCGGAUUCGCAGGACGACUCUGCGUUCGACAUGGCGAAAGUGCGCGAGAAGAAGCAAGGGUUCAAGUGUAAGUUCUGCCAGACAAGCCACUCGCGCGCCUGGCGACGAGCGCCGGGGUUCCCUGUUGUGAAGACGAAUCCUGCGGUCGCGCUGUGUAUCCGCUGUGCGGAGCUGUGGAGACGGUACGCUGUUGUGUGGGAGAAUCCGAACGAGGUGCUGCGGAAGUCUCAUCAGCGCAGUUCGCAUGGGCAGAAACGCAAGGUUGAAGAGGAAGUGCUGCGAGAGCUGGAAGAGGGCAAUCGGUACGAGACUGAGUAUUCGGACGACGAGGAGGAUGUGGAUCCAAUUGUGUGUGAGUCCGAGUCCGAGAUCGAGUUACCAAAGAUAGAAGCACCAGCGGCAAAGCCAAGCAGUCGAAAGUCCUCGACGACGGCGGUGGUAGCUGGCACCACGAUCCAAGCAAGCCCAGCAGCGGUCGGGUCGACGCCGUCGAGUCCCGCGCUUUCAAAGAAGAAGGGGCCGCCGAUGAUUGAUGUGUCGAUGCUUCCUUCGACGUGCGGCGUGUGUGACCGGAGCGACGAGGCGGGCAGUGUGUUGCUGACGUGCCAUAGUUGCAAGAUGCGGGUGCAUGCGUCGUGCUAUGGAGUGCGCGAGAUACGGAGGAAAUGGCUUUGCGAGCCGUGUCAGAACGAUCGGAAUCCUUCGAGAUCGAUGAACUACAAUUGUGUGCUAUGCCCUUCCCUUCUACAGAAAGAAAUCCCACACGCCGAGCGCUCGCCUCGGGACCCGCUGAAACCUACGUCGGGACACAACUGGGCGCACGUCCUGUGCGCUGUGUUCAUACCCGAGAUCAAGUUCACGGACUCGUACAGCAUGCGCGUCGUCGAGGGUAUCGGGCUGAUUCCCAAGGCGCGGUAUGUGAGUGUGUGCAAGAUCUGUCAAGGACGCGCGAAUGGGUCGUGCACUAGUUGUCCUGUUUGUCAUGAUACCUUCCAUAUUGGCUGCGCGCGCAAGGCAAACUACCUGUUUGGGUUCGACAUCCAGCCCGUGAAGUCCACGCGGCGCGACACCGUCAACACCGUCAAGCUCGGCACCGAGUCCGGCGUGAUGACGCCGAUGGUCUGGUGUCCCGGACACGACCUGCGCAGGUUCCUCGUGCACCCGCUGACGGAGCAAUCGAGCACCGGCAUCACCGACGCCGCGGUCGCAAGGAGCGUGCCCGGCGGCGUGGGGCCGUGUAAGAGCGCGCUCAACAUGUUUUGCCAGAGUUAUAAGCAGGCCGACAUGGCGCUGAGCGGGACGGUGCGGCAGGCGGCGCAGGUGGCGGCGGCGAUUAAAGUCGUGGGCGCGACAGGGGUGCGGGUGUUGGGCGCGGGGAAGAAGUAUAAGAACGGGGUGCCGGGGCCGAUGAGGAUCAAGGGGAAGAUUGUUGAGGUUGUGGAGCAGGUUGAGGAUGAGGAUGAGAAGGGGCGGCUGGAGAAGCAGGCGGUGAGCAAGAGCAUAGGCGAGGAGGAAAAUUAGAUUAGUUUAGCAUUUUGGUCUAUGUCGAUGAUUCGUAUCUGAUUUUCAUAUUACGGUGUAUUUCCUUUCUCUGAUGUUUGUUAUGCUUGUAAUGAAGUAAUGCGGAUAGUAUGAUCUCUACAAUAGUUCCAUAUACUGCAGAUAUAGCCAAUAUCCACGAUCUCCACCUCUUAUGUAUUAACCUGCCUCUUUAUAUUUCUGUAUAAUCUAUAUCUUUACCCUUAUCUAUAACCUCUCUUAUUCAACAACAAAGCAUCCCCCCGACCAGGCCAAUCACGAGCACCGCCAU